AUGUUUUUAUUGACAUUAGAAUGCAAACAACUGCCCAAUAUUAAAUCCUUAAGUAUAAGUGAAAGGCGGACACCAGCUACGAUGAGUUUUAUUAAUUUGUUCAGGUCAAUUUCUAAUUUCCAAUUCCCCUAUACCAUUGAAGAGAAGCCAAUUCAAGAGACUUUGCUAUGGCAGGUGUUUUACGGUUCAAGAAAGUCUGAUUCGCUACCGGUAACCAUAUUCAAAGCCAAUAGAAAUGAAAAGACAGAGCCGUUAAUUGCGAAUGCCGUUCACAAAUCUAAGAUCUUGAGAAUUCCUGGCCUUUGUAGAGUCUUGGAGACCUUUGAAUCUGACCCACAAUCAACGUUUAUUGUUACUGAAAGAGCUACGCCGUUCCCAUGGGAUCAAUUAAACAACUAUUCAAGGAAUAAAGAAGCACUUGAGGUGGGUAUCUUGGAAAUUUUAAACACAUUGUCGCAUUUAAGCAAUUUUGUGUUGGGUACAUUGAGUGAACAAUCGAUCUUCAUCGAUUCUAAAGGACAAUGGAUUCUAUUUGGAUUUGAACUCUGUGCCGAUAGGAAACAAAUGGAUCCAGGGAUCUUUGGGUCUCAUAUGAGACUAUACAACAAUCUAAAUGAAAAACCAACACUCUCUGAUGACCCCACUAGGGUUGAUGCUAUGCAACUGGGUAAAUUAAUUACUAAACUAUUGGGUGGUACUGCUGGAGUACCAAAGGAUUGGUCCACGGCAUUACAAAGUUUAUCACAGGGCCGUACUAGUAUUCAACAUUUCAAUAAAAAAUUACAAUCUACAAGUACGUGGAUCAAUAACCCUUUGAUUUCUUUACAUCAACAAUUGGAAGAAAUUCAUAUCAAAGAUUCUCAAGGGAAAUUUAUUGUAAUGUCCAAUUUACAAAUUGCAUAUUUUGAAAAUAGAUCUUUAUUCCAUCAUUUGUUACCACAGUUCGUUAGAGGUAUGUUAAUUCCAGAGUUAACCAAGGUUAUCAAUUGGCUUAUCUCCACUCAAAGUGGAAACCCAUCUGUACUUCCAAAGAUUAUUCCACUUUUAGCAAUUUUCCUAGAUUUAACCAUUGAACAAGAAUAUUUUCCUGAAGAUUCUAAACAAUUGCUUUACAGUAGUUUUGCAUUACAAGAUAGACAAGUUAGAUUCUUACUUCUGAUCUAUCUGCCUAAGAUUAUCACCCGUUUGGAGAAAAAGGAAAUCUCUGAUAAAAUAUAUCCAAGGUUCUCGAUGGGAUUAGCUGAUACGGAUUCUACUUUACGUUUACAGACUUUGAAAAGUAUCCCAGUUGUCGUUUCUUACAUUACCGAAAGACAGUUAAACAAUGAAUUGUUGCGUUAUUUGGCCAAGACACAAGUGGACGUAGAUGUGGAUAUCCGCGCAUGGACUAUUAUUGUUAUAACUAAGAUUUCUACAAUGUUGUCAAGUUCUUCCGGUAAUAGAGCUAAUAUCUUAGCAACUGCAUUUACCAAGUCUUUAAAAGAUCCUGAUGUGAAGGCAAGACUGGCCUCCUUAUAUGGGCUAAAUAAAACGAUUGACCUCUUCGACGUUAAAACAAUCGCCAAUAAGAUUUUGACAGUCAUUGCUCCUGGUCUAUUAGAUAAGGAGCCAUUGGUGAGAUCUAAGGCAAAGGCUCUUUUCCAGAAAUAUUUAAAUAAGCUGGAAGAUGAGGCUAAAUUAUUACAGGAUAGUGAUGCUUCCGCAGAGCCUCAAACAAAGGAUAUCAAUUUUGAUUCAUACUGUGAAAUGGAUUCAUCAAAUGUCGAUGAACUGGCUAAACAAUUCUUAUCCUCUAUCCUUAUUACCACCGGACCUGGGUUUUCAGAUACUGAUACAGCUACCUCUGGAGUUAUGGAUGAUGAUGUUUGGGCCAAUUUUGGUGAAAAGAAUUCUUCUACAGUCUCUGAUGAUUUUGGCAGUUUCCCGGCUAAAGUGAGUCAAGCUCAAGAUUCCUUUGACGACGACGAUGUGGAAGCCGAUUUCGAUGAGAGCGGUUGGGGGGAUUUCUCAUUCGAUGAACCCCAAGAGAUAAAAUCACCUAAACCCGUUAGUGGUAAACCUGUUAAGGUGCAAAGAUCGUGGAACUCUCAUUUAAGUGAUGAUGAACCUACCGCUAGUCGGUCAUUGACACAAGCCCCAGAUAAAAAAACAAGUAUCUUGAACAGGCCCAAGGUAAGUAGUAGCAUUUUAACCCCACGUUCUAGUGCUAGUCAUUCGAGGUCAAGCACACCAUCUUCGCUAUCGAGGACUGCGAAACCAGCUGCUAGAGCGAGUAAGCUUCAGAACAAGCCAGUUAAGGAUGAAUUUGAUGAUGAUGCUUGGGAUACAGCCUGGUAA